GUAAAAGCUACUUUGCUUACAGUUUCAAGUAAAAAAGUGUAAGUUUUUGUAAAACCAUAGUCCUAACCGGAACCAUAUGGGAUUCACACUUUUGUCUGACUCAAAUGUUUUGUAGCAACAGCUCUGUCUAGACUGGUGUUCAUAGAUGCUCUACAGCACCGUGUCUGUGAAAAACACCACCGCACUGAUGCUUUCACAUUCUUGACGCAUUUUUUGAAUUUCAUGGAUAGCGGAAGUUAAGUCACGACUGUAGGGUUCAAUCAAUGGUCAUAUGUCUGCGAUGUUGACGAUAAUUAAGGGAAAAAAGGAAACCGGAAUUUGAGCGAAUUCUCUUUCAAAAUUACGAUCAAGAUUUGGCAACAAAUUUGGCUUUCCUUUUAACCUUACAGAUUAAAGAUAUCUGACUUUUGUAGUCUAACUUACAUACAGCCUAUAUGACUCGAUUUACUGCGCAGUUAAAUAUAACCUUCACACAGAAUGUGCCACUGCGCGUCAAUAUGCGUUUUAUUUUGAAGGGCCUGACCAGAAGUUGUGUUACGGAACUCAAGCCAGCUCGUUGCUACCAUGGAUGUAUACAUGUCUCUGAAACUCGCGGUCGAGCAAGAGUUGUAAGUGCUACCAUCAUUUUGUUCCCCACAGUGACUGUAAACUUUAUCCACCGAGAUCUCCAUCAGCCCGAGAGGUUUACAGCAGACAUCGGCUAAAAGCAGCCUGGAUGUGACAGCACUUCCUGAUUAGGAAGCUUGAAGACAAUUGAACCACAGUUGGUUUGGAGAUAUUGUGUUAAGCUUUUCUUUUAGUUUAUUAAUCGUGGAUGAAUUUAUUUGCCAAGAUGACACGAACUGACCACUUCAAAAUGAUCUUUGAAGUUUUCAAAGACUUGGCUCCCCACCCCACAUGCGGGAUUCUAACUGCGGUACUUCUGUCGUGUGUUUUGUUUGGUUUCCAACACUACUUCAGCUUCACCCAGAGUGUCUUCAGCAUUGGUGCCGUUGUUUUUACAAAUGGACACUUUCACAGACUCUUGACGUACCCCUUUUACCACCAGACCUUAGCUCAGCUCCUCCUUAACAUUACAACUCUGGCAUUUCUCGGUGGCAGUUUGGAGAAAGGUUUUGGUACAGUACGUUUCCUGUUCUUGUCGCUGCUGCUGUCGACCACCACGGGCUUGUUGUACAGCUUCCUGGAUCUUAUGCAGAUUGACAGCGCCCACACCUACACCGAGGGGUUGCUUCCUCUGGCCCUGGCAUGUGUAACUCUCACUACCAUGCACACAAAAAUGACUAAAGGAUUCCUGUGUGGAGUAAGCUUCCCCACUAUGGCUCUCCCGUGGGUGUUUCUCAUAAUCACCACUGCCCUCAUUCCACGCAGUGUGCUCCCCUGUAACAUCAUCGCCCUCCUGGUUGGGUUGAUGUAUGGGAAAGGAUGGUUCUCUCUUGUGGACCUGUCUGAGGCCAGGGCUGGUGUUCUAGAGAAGAUGAUGCCUUUCAGGUUGUUGAAGAGGAUCAGCGGUGUUGCGUUUGUGCCUGCUUCCGCAGAAGAGCGGAGGAAGGCCAUUCUUCCACAAAUCAAUCCAACACCUGGGUCCUAUCCAGUCCAGGCUUAUGCUCCAGUGUCCAGCAUUAACACUGCUGAUACUCCAGCUAAGUUUUAUGAAGGCUGGCCAAGUUCAGCCAGUGCUCUGUCCAGUCCCACACCACCUCUCAGUCUUAAUGGACAUGGCUCAGGGCAUAACUUUGGACUAAGUCAUGGACACUGUUCAGAGCAGACCUUUUCGCACAGCUGCAACCACAACCACAGUCAUGCUCAGCUGUAGUCAUGGUUAUAAUUUGAUUGCUUUGCAACAUUCCAGUCAUACAGAUAAGCCUUGUUUGAUCAAAAGUACAAAAUCUCAUUUGAUGUUGUCUAUAAUAUCAACAAUAUUGUGGGGUGUUUGUUGGCCUGUAGAAUUACAUAGCAUUUCUCUGAAUGUUUGUCAUCAUUGACAUUUGUAAAUAAAUUGUUUUGCUUGUGUGCAUGUUCUGUACUAUAUUUAAAGCAUGUUUACAAGGCAAGGAAUGUUGAGUGUAUGCAUGCAAGAAAAAGAAAAAGGCAUUGUUUGAACCCUAA